AUGAAGAUCAACAAUUUGAGAUGGAAAUCGAAGAAGUUGUCAAUGGGAAAGAAGGGCUCAGACAAGAUAAACAGCUCUAUCAAUCAAGAAUUUUCUGAAGCAGAACUGGCAUUUGAAGCUCCGCGAUCGCAGCUUGCCGGAGCCGCCGCUUUCUCGCGCGCUUCCUCUCCAGGACUAUCGGCUCAAGCCGCCACCUUCGCCCAGCGGCGUGGUCUCGCCGGCGCGGCAGAUCACCAUGGUCCGCCAAAGGUUAAUGUCUGGGAGGAUCCUUUGAGCCCAUCUAAGUGGAAGGAAGAGCAUUUUGUAAUCGUGUCUUUGUCUGGCUGGGGCCUGCUUUUCUAUUCGGCGUACAAAUUCUUCACUGGAGGCAAAAAAGACAAGAAGGAAGAGAAAGAGGUGGAAGCAUCACAUUAAAGUUUGGAUCGCGUAACUUCGCCAAAGUUUCCUGCUGAUAAGGCAAUCGACUCUAUUUGUUGAGAAUGCAUUUUUCCUUGUUGGAGAAGUUCUCUUUGAUUAGUCUCCUUGGAACUUAUGGGGAAUAAAUAGCAAAAAUCGUUUGCUUUACUGUGGACAAACCUGGCUCUUUUCCUAUCAUAGAUCCGUCACCUUUUAAUA